AUGUUUCAAUUUGUCGUGUCGGAGUGUGCUGUAUUUGUUGCGUUUGUAAAUCUAGCCUUACACAAACCGGCGUUCGAGAGCUCUGUAUACCAAGGGGUGUAUGGCACGCCGGAACUUGCAGUGGAUGGUAACCGUACAAAGGACUAUUACAAAGGAUCUUGUAUGCACACCCAAGGCAUGCACUAUCCAUGGUGGGCGGUGGACUUACAGAAUGACUAUAGGAUAACAAAAGUUAAAUUGUAUGAGAGAGACGAUGCAGGAGCCGACGGUCGUUCUUUCCAUCUGACUAUCCUUGUCAGCUCAUACAAUGCUACAAGGCUGGAUAAAGACUCUUCAAUGUUCACUAAGUGUGGCUAUUAUUACGGCCACUCAAGCGACGGGAACGCCAUUACUAUUGACUGUCCAAGAAACACACACGGGCGCUGGGUCCGUGUUCAGCAGAGUGAUCCUCAUUUCGAAUAUUUACAUCUUUGUGAAGUCGAAGUAUAUGGAUUCUAGAUGAACUUCAAAUAAACUAGUAAAAGCAAAUAAUCAAAA